AUGCGUCUCACCCCAUUCCUCUUCGUGGCAUCCGCCACAGCCCUUCCAACCAUUUUCCGCAUCCGAGCCCUCCUGCCCGAAAUAUCCCUCCCAAUCGACUACUCUUUCGGCGUGCGGGUACCAACAUCUUCCAACCCGUCAUCAUCCAACCCUCUGGCACUCCUUGUGAACGGCUACACAGUCAAAAUUCCACUCAUCGCCAGUUCAGGCACUCUCGUCUCCUGGAUAGCCAACUAUGCAGACGGAAAGCCAUACAACACACAGUUUACUUCUAUCAAUCCCUCAGCACCUAGGAACAUCACCACAGACUCAGACUCUACCUCGCAGCAAGGUGGAAACAGCGUCUCAAACGCAACAGCACUGGCAGACGGCCGACAAGCUCGCGUGAUCACGACAUCUUUCUCCUCAGGCAACGCCGCAUCCGCCGCAGCUGCCGCCCUCGACGGCACAAACUCCGAUUCCACGUCCUCAUCCGGCGCCGCAAACAGCACCGCAGUAGCUACGACCAAUGCCCUGGGCGAAGUCUUCAUCUUCACCUCCGCAAACACGGCCAAUGCCCUAAACUCCCAGUCCAUCAAGAACGCCAAGGGCGCCGAAGCAGCAUCCUCCUGCGCCGCCGACUCCGGGCCUGCUGCAUCCGCGCAAGCAGAGCAGGUCAACAGCCUCUACAUUCCCAUUGGAACAUCUUCCGAUGGCAAGGAAACGCAAUGGCUGAAGAGCUCGGCUUAUGCGGCGUGUGCGGCGGGUGUUGAUUCGCCGAAUCAGGGAGGUAGUUCGAGUUCGGGGAGUCAGUCUAGUUUGACGGGGGUUAAGAGUAGUGUUACUUGUAAUGGGGCGACAAGUACAGAUCAGACGAAGAGCACGACUUAUAAGAGAGUUGCCGAUAGUAAGAACGAGCGCAAUGGUGAGGCGACAAGUCCCUCGACGUAUCGCGACUCCUCCACACCACUCUCACAAGGGCCAACGUCGUCCUCAGUCAGCCACGACAGCUUGAAAGCUGAGCCUUGCGAACCGCUUGAAGUCGAGCAGGGUGAUACAGGCUAUCGAGGUCCAGCGGCCAAUGUGGUAGCCAGCAGACUACCGCAGGUAGAGGCCGAUACGAUGGCCCAGCGUCGUGAAAUCGAAGACGUCUACAGCAUACGAAAUAUCUUGAACAAGAAGCGACGUUGGGAUGAUCGCAUGGCGGUCUUGCUUGGUGAAACGAUGCUGGCAAAUUCUAUCAAUCGACAUCUAGGGGCUGUAGAGGUGGGAUAUCUACCCGAAGAUGAACACACAAUGGGAAAAGGGACAGUUGGUACAAACGGGCACCGAAGAAUGCACGAAUUCCUUCACAGCAAGGAGAAGAAGAGGAAACGAAGUAUUGAAGACAUUGGAGAUGAGGUCACGGAUGAUAAGAGUACCAAGAGGACGCGAACAAUGCCUCGGGGCAUAUUGAAGAUGCACACAGAGAAGAAAGAUCGACACUUGCCCAGACAUACCGGAUGA